GCUCAUUUAGCAAUUGUGCGUACGUUUCGCGUGCUUGUUCAAUGCAAAACUAAAUUAUAUAAGACUCACAACAAGGAUGACGACCACCGUCGAUGAUCUGGAUCGCACCUUCAACCAGAAUCCGGCGCCACGCGAAGAUAUCAUUCAAACUGCCGUCAAGUUCCUUUCGAAUGCGAACGUUGUGCGCACGCCGCUCGCACAAAAGCAGAAAUUCCUGCAGCGCAAAGGGCUCACCAAUGAGGAGGUGCAAAUCGCCUGUGAAAGAAGCGGCGCGUACGCUCAGCACGAGGAAGUGCAACGCACGCCGCCCCCGUUACCACCACAGCUUGUGCCUGUAGGUUAUAGGCAACAUGCACAACAGCAAAUUACCCUUUUUGACAGAAUACGUGACAUUGUACACAACGCGGCGGUGUUUAGUAUUGUCGCAUAUGCAAUUUAUAAAUUUUACGAAAAAUACAUUAAACCAUUCCUCUUUGGUAUACGCAAGAAAUCUGUGGAGGAUUCAAUAGAGGACCUGAGUAAAUCAGUAAGCGAGUCAGUCACAGAGCUCAAAGACAGUUUGCAGUCUGUCAAGGUCGAAGUGGACCGCAUUAGUCAAUCAGGGGAGAGUCACGUUCAGCGGCAGCUGGAAGUCCUGCAGGGUGAUAUUGCGACUGUCAAAGGUCUUCUUUUAUCAAGGAAACAAUUUCCUUCCGUGUCAAAUAGUCCAGUGGUGCCUCAGUCAAUACCCGCCUGGCAACUAUCAAGCGUUCAGGACGAAGCCGAAGCCGAUCCCGACCCGAAAUCCGAAGAAUUAAUGGACAUGUGUUCCGGUUCCGGAUCCUCCGAUCCCGAACAUGCCACCAAAACAAGUGAUAGUAGUCUGGAAAUAAUACCGUCGUGUUGUGACAGUAAUUGAUGUGGUGUGGCGGGGCGUAGUGUAUGCAACCAAAUAAACAUAACAACGUUCGUUCGUUGGUCUUCCACGACACGGCGAGCCAAUCACCGACGAGGUCAUCCUGCAAUCUGAUACGCGCAAUACAACUAACUAAUUCCUAGGUAGGCACCAAAUUAAACAAAUGGUUAACCAAUGAUUUCUCUUCUCUAUGUGUGUGGUGUAGGUGGGUAAACCUAUUUUCAGUCCUCUAACCUCAAAUCAAACAAAAUGCAAUUUUUUACAUGAAUUUUAAAUGAAUCAAUAGUGGAUUUGUUACUUUUGUUUUGUUUUGUUAUGAAUAAAUGCGGACGAAGGAAAUAAA